AGGACAAGUUAGCCCCUCCUCGAGCUCAGCGGCUGUCAAUGAUAGAUAUUCGUCAGGAGUGGAAUAACUUGAAGCGUCCUCGUGCUGUCACCGACAAUAUAAAGUUCAAGAAGGAUUUAGUCAGUAAAUAUGAAGAGUUUCAGAAAGCCGCCUUGAGGAAAAUGCCUUACUUCAACCUUUGGGGGUUGGCUGAUGAGAAAUCGAAGAAAAAGGAAUGGACGGAGAGACUGAGGUACUACUUACCUCUGGUGAUGACGGACGAUGAAACGUGGAUGCUUGGCAUGAAAUUCUACGACGAGUCGCAGAAGGGCCAUCUGCUCGCCCCUGAUGGCGCUGUGUGGAUGGAGAGGCCUCCAACAACGGACCCGAAAGUCACCCGUGAGGGUCAGUCAUUUGCGGAGGACAGCAGUGGCCAUAAGAGAGUUGUGCAUAAUGUGCGUGUGACUGAUCCGGAGACGCGGAAAGGCAAGAAGAAAAGGAAACAGGAGGAGCGCGACUUUUUCGUCCAGGUGAAUGAACCCGACGUGCAUUGUUGGAAAGACUUGGGGGAUUUUACAGACGCGGAGAAACGUCGGAUCCUGCGAGGGUUGCUGGACCUGGAUAUUGUCUGGGUGCAGCAAGGAAGCAAGAAGCUGAUUGAGCAGGGAAAGGUUGGGAUGAAAGAUGCUUGUGAAAUGGUCAAGCAAGAUCGGAUGUUGCUCCGGCUUGGGACCUUUCCUUCAUGGGUCUUCUCCACAUUCUUCCUGUCACGAAUGGUUGUGCAGGAAAAAUGGUUUCGGAGGAGUCAAGUUAAGAAGCACUACCAAAUCGGGAACAGUGUGUGGGCCGAUGAGGACAGGAUGUAUGUUCUUUUCCACGGGGAUGAUCUGAAGCUUAACAUCCCGCCGACAUAUGAGGGACGAUUGUCGCACGAUGACGCUGCAGCUCUUGGGAAAAGGCAAGAGGUAACACCCUCGGACAUUGCCGAAACACAGUUCACGGCCACGACGUAUGCAUCGGCAGGUGUGCACCACCUGAAGGGGUUCGUCUAUAAGGAAAUGGAGCGCAACCCGGGUAUGUUAUCGGGUCACAUAGAGUUCUUCUGCCCAGUCGAGAAUGCAGUUAUGUUCAUCGGCAAAGCACACGCCCAGGUUGUGUGGCAUCUCCUCAAGAGCGGACGCCAUGUUGUGGCCAUCGAGGGAGACACAAAGUUCCUCAACUUCUUGAUGACAUUUGUUGCGCACGAGGUGCACACGGGUGUGGACAACUGUGAAUUCUACCAGGUGCAGAAAGAGGUCAACUAUGAUCCACACAGGAACAUGUGGUUCAAGCUGUCAGCUAAGAAAAGGGCGAAUGUAUACAAGUUUAUGUUCCUCGAUACAAGACCGAAACUAAGAUUCGAGGACGACUACAAGUGUCGCCGAGAUGUCGUAAUUGGUGCAUUGGAUGGCUUUCAUGGUGCUUCUAGGGAGGCUGCGGCCAACUUCGUGGAGAAACUUGAGGAAUGUAUGGCGUCCUCUUCAACGCCUUCCAGUUCCAAGCAUGCUGCGAGUUCGCAUGUCGUCACUCCUGUCGCCAUUCCUGUCGCAACGCCAACCUCGGGUUCUUCAAGAGGAUUUCUUUCCUCCAUGAGAAGCAAACCUCUGAGCCCCANUGUCGUCACUCCUGUCGCCAUUCCUGUCGCAACGCCAACCUCGGGUUCUUCAAGAGGAUUUCUUUCCUCCAUGAGAAGCAAACCUCUGAGCCCCACUAUCAAGCUUGGACGUCCUCUUCCGCCGACGCACACAUUGAGGUUGCAGAAAGGUCAACUCUAUUUCUUCGGGACGACGCACAGGAGUACCGACGAGUCCGAUUGGGGUCGCCAUGUAAUUUGGCAUCCAGAUAUUUUCCAACCGGCAAUUCUUGAUGGUGAAUGGGUUAUGGCGCUCAAUGAUAAGGGCGAAUGGAGAUCAAAACCCCGUUUUUCCAAAAAGGUAUUUGAAGAGGCCGCCCUCCAAGCGGUUAUCGACCAUGUCGCAGAGGUAAAUUGCCGUCAACCAGACGACCAUGUCGUCAGAAUGUUCGGAGAGCAGACAUUCGAGAUUCUUCAGGAGCAGAACAUGUUGGAGCUCUGUCGUGACUUUUAUUACCUCGAAACAAGUCCAAGUUAUGAAAGCAAAAUUGAUUGGCAUAUUCCGCCGCCUGCCCCAACACGAGGAGAGGGACAUGGACGGGGCGGCCGUGGAGGAGAUGACGAAGGAGGGGACGGAGGAGGUGAGGAUAGAACCCGCGGUGGCGGUUACGGUGGACCCGCGGCGGCGGUUACGGGUGACAACAGAGGGGGCGGCGCAGGGCGCGGAAAUGUUACGAGCCCGGGAAGGGUCACGAUCGCAGGCGGAAAGGGUGCUAUGGCUUCGGUAGAAG